AAAAACAGCUGACUUUUGUUUUUAUUUUUCCACGUUAUUCAACGUCCUGAUAACAAAAAUGAGUUUUCUGAGAAAAGGACACCGACUGCUUAUCGCCGGCAUCCUGCCGGCCAUUGAACGCAGUCCGGACGAUAUUGUGGACAAGGAAAACAAGACCUACAAGGCGUACCUGGCCAGCAAGCCACUGGAGGAGACCGGUCUGGAGCGAUUGAAGCAUAUGUUCUCCAUCGAUGAGUUUGGCAGCAUAUCCUCCGAACUGAACUCGAUUUACCAGGCCGGUUUUCUGGGCUUCCUGAUUGGAGCAAUUUACGGCGGCGUUACACAAUCGCGCACGGGAUACAUGAAUUUCAUGGAGAACAAUCAGGCCACAGCCUUUAAGUCGCACUUUGAUGCCAAGAAAAAGCUGCAAGAUCAGUUUACAGUGAACUUUGCCAAGGGCGGCUUCAAAUGGGGCUGGCGCGUGGGACUCUUCACCACCUCCUACUUCGGCAUCAUCACCUGCAUCUCCGUUUACCGCGGCAAAUCCUCCAUUUACGAGUACCUGGCCGCCGGCUCCCUCACCGGGUCUCUGUACAAAAUGAAUCUGGGAUUGCGCGGCAUGGCAGCGGGCGGCAUUAUCGGUGGCUUCUUGGGCGGAGUGGCUGGAGUCGCAUCCCUGCUGUUGAUGAAGGCCUCCGGCACAUCGAUGGAGGAGGUGCGCUACUGGCAGUACAAGUGGCGGCUCGAACGCGACGACAACAUCCAGCAGGCCUUCAAAAAGAUGACCGAGGGCGACGAACCGGAGUUGUUCAAGGUCCACGACGAAAAGAUGACCGAACAGCAGACACAGGUGUCCCUGGAGUCGGUCAAGUAGGAUUCACGUCGAGUGUAAACUUAGUUGAGUUUUUUUUAUUAAUUUAAUUUAAAUAAAUUGCAAAUAUGUCCUUCUAAAA